AUGGAUCAGCUUGAGCAGAGGGUAAAUGAAUUUUUUAUGAACGCAAAGAAAAACAAACCUGAAUGGAGAGAAGAACAAAUGACAUCCAUCAAAAAAGAUUAUUAUAAGGCUUUGGAAGAUGCAGAUGAAAAAGUGCAACUGGCUAACCAAAUAUAUGAUUUGGUAGACCGUCAUUUGAGAAAAUUGGACCAGGAACUUGCUAAAUUCAAAAUGGAACUUGAAGCAGAUAAUGCUGGAAUUACAGAAAUAUUAGAAAGAAGGUCUCUGGAGCUGGAUACACCGUCACAGCCUGUGAAUAACCAUCAUGCACAUUCUCACACUCCAGUAGAGAAAAGGAAACACAAUCCAUCGUCUCACCACAGUGCAACAGAUCAUGUUCCUGAAAAGAAGUUUAAAUCUGAAGCUCUUCUAUCUACCCUGACUUCAGAUGCUUCUAAAGAAAAUACACCAGGGUGUCGAAACAGUAAUUCAUCAUCCUCUUCAAACAAUGCAUACAAUACAAACUCUUCUCAACCAUUGGCAUCAUAUAACCUGGGCUCAUUAUCUUCAGGAUCUGGGGCCGGUGCAAUUACCAUGGCAGCAGCUCAAGCAGUGCAAGCCACGGCACAGAUGAAGGAAGGAAGACGAACAUCCAGUCUAAAAGCCAGCUAUGAAGCCUUUAAGAACAAUGAUUUUCAGCUUGGAAGAGAAUUUUCAUUAUCCAGAGAUUCCACUGGAUAUUCAUCAUCAGCUCUGGCAUCUACAUUAACACAGACGUUAAGUUCAUCAACCACAGAUUCACGAAGUGGCAGAAAAAGCAAAAACAACAACAAAUCCUCAAGUCAGCAGUCCUCAUCAUCUUCCUCUUCUUCAUCACUGUCAUCAUGUUCUUCUUCAUCUGCACUGGCACAAGAGCUGUCUCAGCAGACAGCAGUAAUACCAGAGUCUGAUUCUAAUAGCCAGGUUGACUGGACCUAUGAUCCAAACGAGCCACGUUACUGCAUUUGUAAUCAGGUGUCCUAUGGUGAAAUGGUAGGCUGUGAUAACCAAGAUUGCCCUAUUGAGUGGUUCCACUAUGGAUGUGUUGGACUGACAGAAGCACCGAAAGGGAAGUGGUACUGUCCACAGUGUACAGCUGCAAUGAAGAGAAGAGGCAGUAGGCAUAAAUAAGAUUAUCUGGAAAACAAAUUACAUACUGAAAGUUAUAUAGAGGACUCGGGAGGGGGAGGAACCCCCACCACACUUACUUGCAACCACUUAAGGGUUAACAUAGCAGUCAUAAGAUCUUGAACUAUUGAUUUUGCUGGUUGUGUUUUAAUAUUGUAAGUAAAUUAUUUAUGCACAUCGGUGUGCUACGGAUACUAUUGCAGUCAGCCUUGGAUUGUUCCAGUGGCCAACGUAUGCAGACAUUUGUACUAUCAAACCAUUUUCUCUAAGCAGUGGGCAUUCAACAAUUACUCAGUCUUCAAAAAAUUCCGAUUAAGUCAAGAUUUUAAAUGUAUGUUUUAUAUUCAACGGAUAUAUUCUGCUGCAUGAGCUGUUAGGUAACACUAUGUAUAUAAAUGGUGCAAAAAGUCUGUGCUUCUGGAAGAAAAAAUGAGACAAUGGUUUUUAAAAUGCCUUUAUAGCUUUGGUUCUUUAUGAAACUUAAUUCAGCAGGCUGAAGAAAAUGGUUCUUGUAUACAGCGGGCUGUUGUCCUCUAGGGUACUUGAGUAUGUAAAAACAAAAAAAUGCUGUAGAAUAAAACAAACUUGUGCCAUUAGUCUUUAUAUGUUUCUGCUCCUGAGAAGGCGCAGGCCAUAAGAGGGAAAAAAAGGUGUUAAAGUGAUGAUAAAUUUUUAUACCAAAUGUGUUUAUUUUUUUGUGCAAGUAAUCCUUUAAAUUUGAAUUGUAUUAGGUGUUAAAAUAAAACAACCUCAACUCCU